GACAAGGAUGGAGUGGCUGACGCUGAGCAACAGAUGGAUGGCUACAGUGGCAAGCAUGUGGAUCCAGUUUAGCAUCGGUUCAUACACCUUCGGCGUCUACUCCUCAGUCCUGAAAUCAAGCCAAGGCUAUGACCAAUCAACUCUGGAAACUGUGGCUGUUUUCAGAGACAUAGGCUCAAGUGCUGGAGUCCUUUCUGGGGUUCUAUACACAGCCGUAACACACGGUAAUAGUUACUCUGGUUUUUGUGGGCCAUGGCUAGUCCACCUUGCCGGAGCAAUCCAGAAUUUCUUGGGGAAUUUUCUAACGUGGGCUGCUGUCGUGGGAUUAAUCAAACGGCCUCCGGUGCCAUUGAUGUGUCUGUUUAUGUUCUUUUCAAGUCAUUCUAUGCCGUUCUUUAACACAGCCAAUACGGUAUCUGGUGUACAUAACUUCCCUGAUUAUAGUGGGACCAUUGUGGGCAUCAUGAAGGGAUGUACAGGAAUUAGUGGAGCAAUACUAAUUCAAGCAUAUAACACAUUCAACAAGGGCGAGCCCAGCACAUUCCUUCUAAUGCUUGCUCUCUGGCCGACGUUUGUCUCCCUUGUGCUUAUGCUUUUAGUGCGAAAUUAUAAAGCCAACACAAGUGAUGAUAAGAAGUACUUGAAUGGUUUCUCUGCACUUGCUCUAAUCAUUGCCGGUUAUCUCAUGAUCAUGAUAAUUUUAGAAAACAUUUUUAGUUUACCUUUAUGGGCACGCAUAUUCUCCUUUGUACUUCUUUUGCUUCUACUCGCAUCACCUCUUGGAAUUGCAAUCAAAGCUCAGAAGGAGGACUCCAAGGGAUUUGUAGAAACACUUCCCUUUGAGAGUAAUACUUCAAUGGAGAACCCCAAGUCAGUGUGUUCCUCGUCUGACUCAUUUGUAGCAAAGGAUCUAGCAUAUCAUGAAUUACCUAGUGGUGAGGGUCAAGUUAAUACUGCUUUAGAUGAUACAAUUCUAUUUGAUGAAGAGGGUGGUAUGAAUCUUUUGCAAGCCAUGUGCACUGUAAACUUCUGGUUGUUGUUUAUUGCAAUGGUAUGUGGAAUGGGCUCUACGGAGGCUGUGCUUAACAACUUGAGCCAAAUAGGACAAUCUCUCAAUUAUACAACUGUGGAGGUGAAUAAUUUCGUCUCUUUAUGGAGCAUAUGGAAUUGUCUUGGCCGUGUUGGAGUUGGGUAUUUAUCAGAUUAUUUACUACACACAAGAGGCUUGGCAAGACCAUUGUUGAUGGCUAUUACUUUAGCAACAAUAGGUAUUGGCAACAUUGUUAUUGCUACUGGAUUUCCUGGAACACUAUAUGUGGGUUCGAUCAUAAUGGGCAUUUGUGAUGGUUCACAGUGGUCAUUAAUGCCCACUAUCACUUCGGAUUUAUUUGGAGUUAGGCAUAUGGGUACCAUUUUCAACACUAUAGGCAUAGCAUGUCCUCUUGGAUCAUAUAUUUUCUCUGUUAGAGUUAUUGGCUAUAUUUACGAUAAGGAAGCAGGUGGUGAUGAUCACUCCUGUUUUGGUGCUCGAUGCUUUAUGUCAUCUUUUUUUAUCAUGGCAUCCUUGGCUUUCCUGGGAUUUCUUUUUGUUGUUGCAUUGUUCCAACGUACUAAGAGCUUCUAUAUGCUCAGAAGAUUAAAGCAUUCUUUAAAAUGAUGAGAAGUAAAUCUGCAAACUUUGUGUACAAUGUCAUGACCUCCCAAUCAAUUGAUGUCAAUUGACAGCAUAAAGGUAAUGAGUUAUGCAAACUUUGUGUACAAGGUUAUAACCUCCCAAUUAAUUGAUGUAAAUUGAUAGCAUAAAGGUAAUUG